AUGGCAAUUGCAUUGGCUGAGGCAGACAAGUAUGAGGUGCUGGAGAAAAUUGGGUGCGGCUCGUUCGGUGUGAUUCGUAAAGUCAGACGGAAGACUGAUGGCUUCAUACUAUGUCGCAAAGAGAUCAACUACAUCAAGAUGUCCCAAAAAGAGCGCGAACAGCUUACCGCUGAAUUCAACAUCCUGAGCUCCCUCCGACACCCGAACAUCGUCGCCUACUAUCAUCGCGAGCAUCUCAAGGCCAGCCAAGAUUUGUAUCUGUACAUGGAAUAUUGCGGCGGAGGCGACUUGAGCAUGGUGAUCAAGAACUUGAAAAAGACAAACAAGUACGCGGAAGAGGAAUUUGUUUGGCGAAUUCUAUCGCAGCUGGUGACGGCACUCUACCGGUGCCAUUACGGAGCGGAUCCGGUAGAUGUGGGAUCAAACAUACUCGGACCGGCCCCAAAAGCUUCUGGUCUCAAAGGAAAGCAGGCCCAGAUGACCAUUCUGCAUCGUGACUUGAAACCUGAGAACAUCUUCCUUGGAAGCGACAAUACAGUCAAACUCGGCGACUUUGGCCUAUCCAAGCUUAUGCACUCGCACGACUUUGCAUCGACCUAUGUCGGCACUCCCUUCUACAUGUCACCAGAGAUCUGCGCGGCGGAAAAAUAUACUCUGCGAUCUGAUAUUUGGGCUGUCGGUUGUAUCAUGUAUGAGCUGUGCCAGAGAGAGCCCCCCUUCAACGCUAAGACGCAUAUUCAACUGGUUCAAAAAAUCCGGGAAGGGAAGUUUGGCCCAUUGCCAGACUUCUACUCCCCCGAGUUGAAGAAUGUCAUUGCCAGUUGCUUGCGUGUGAAUCCUGACCACCGUCCUGACACGGCUGCUCUGAUAAAUCUGCCGGUCAUCCGCUUGAUGCGCAAGGAGAAAGAAGUAAUCGACGUCGGUAAGACCCUUCGGAGGCGUGAAGAAGCUGCAGUGCAGAAGGUCAAAGAGAUGGAGCACGCUUUUGCGAAACUGGAGAAGGAAAAAAUGCAAAUGAAGUCCGAAAUCGAAAACACGGUGCGCCGCGAGUGGGAAGUCAAGGCAAGACUGGAGAUUGAUCGGCAGGUACAAAACGAGUUGGACCGACUUCGCAAACGAUUUGAAUUUGAGGUUCAAGAGAGGGUCAAUAUUGAAGUCGAAAAGCAAAAGCGAAAUAAUAAUCUGAGGGAAGAAGCUAGUUUCCGAACAAGCAGUUCUCAGUCCUCGAUCAACACUGGAGAUGACACCGACAUUCCCUCAAGUACCGAUAUCAGCCAAUUGUCUAUUGAGUCACCUACAGCCAACACGAAUAAGCCGCCGAAGAAGGAAGCUCGAACGCCGUUUACUCGGUCGAAGACGGUGGUUGAGUCGCCGGUUGAUGUGCAGAUGGCCGAGCCGUCACCAAUCUCAAUUGCAUCCCUCUCAUUAUCCCCACGGCGUACUUCAGCUGUGAGUAAGAAUAUAUUCGCUGAGGGCGAUAAACAAAGAGCAAAGUGGGAGCCCACAUUGGCGUACUCGGAUGAUGAAGACGACACUCCUGAUCUUCCGUCGCCUACCCGCCCAAAGGUCAAGCCUGACCCAUUCAAGGCACCGGUUCGUCCUCUGCUCCGUCAAAAUACCACGGCCUUCAUGCAGAAAUUAAGUUCCCAACCGCCUCUUUUCCCUUCCAAUUCUUCGAGAUUGCCCCAAAUGUCAGGUGGCGCGUCCGAAGGCCGUGAGCCAAAGUCCAGAUCACCUCAUCGACGUUUGUCCAAAAUACCAUCGUCAGCAAAUCUUGCUGCUGAUGCCGGGUCCCCAACUCGGAAAAGUGCUGUGAAACAACUCCCCUCGAAGGCGAACGGUGGGGGUGAGGAGAUGUUCAAAGCCGUCAUGCAGCGCAAUAUGGGCGGCCGUACAUUGGUGGAACUCGCUCAAGCAAGAGCUGGUGGACGGCCCAUGGACGAGGUCAAGCGAUGCGCAAGUGAUUCCCGAGCGGGAUGCUCUACCAAUCUCAGAUCUUCAGAUCGUGAACCACCAGCCAUCUGGGAUCCAGAGAGGGAUGAGAUGCCUAGUCCAUUCCUGGCCCGAGGCAGGAAAAUCAUCCGAAACUUUCGUUAG